AUGGAACAGAAUGGCAACCAGAACAUCGCCAGUCCUCUGUACUGCCGCAAUGGCUGCGGGUUCUAUGCUGCUCAAGCGUUUGAUGGCAUGUGCUCAAAGUGCUACAAAGAUCUGAAGCAGAUGCAGCAGAACGAGUCGCCGGUAACAGCGGUUCAGUCACCUACCUCCUCCCUCAGCAGGGCUUCCCUUCUCGGUGGUGCCGAUGACAACGGUUUGGGGGCUGUGACCUCGGCUUUAAGCAGGGCCACUUUAGAAAUGAGCAUGGCAACUGGCAGUAUUGACAAGCUUGGGGCUGUGGGUGGCUCAGAGGUAGAGACGGCUAGUCCCACUGUGACCUCGGUGAAAGCUUAUCACAAUGAGAAGGAUGUUACUAGGGAACUGGCUGGCAGUGACAGUGGCAGUGAUGGAGAUAAAGGACAGAAAUCUAAAAAGAAUCGCUGUAUGGAAUGUCGGAAAAAGAGUCGGUCUGACAGGUCUGUAAAUGUUUGUCUUGUUUGUUUUACCUGCCACUGUGGGAGACUGUUCUGCAGCUUACAUCGCUACUCAGACACACAUGCCUGUACGUUCGACUUCAAGGAAAAGGGCCAGGAGGAGAUACGCAGGAAUAAUCCUGUCAUCAAGGGAGCUAAAAUACAUAAAAUUUGA